CACUCAGUCACCAAGCCAGGCACCAUUCUUCAGAGUCACUUGAAAGCUUCAACAUACUCCACAGGAAGAGAGAAGAGGCCUGCCUUCCCCCAGUAGUCAAUGGCACGCACUCUGUAAAAGCCGGAGACUGAGCUUCCUGCAAAUGAAAAGGUUAGAAACGAUCACUGUGAAGGCUGACACCUGUGAUGCAUGGAGGAUAUGGAGCUGGCACUGCUUCUGUAAAAUGCAGGUUAGGUGUUAGAUCAACAAAGAAGAGAACAAGCAACAUGCAGGCUGACUGAAAAACCCCUGCUCAACUCAGGAGGCAGCACCACUUGCUCCAAAGCCUGCUUUUGUGAGCACAGUCUCAGUUCUUCUUUCAGCAGUGUGUGGGGGGAAGAGAGAGAAAGGCAGAGAAAGCAUCAACAGCUUCCUGUACCAAGAGCAGCAAACAACUUUCUGUGCUGGGAUAAAAGAUGAUGCUGGAACCUGGCCCUCUGUAGACAUGCUUGUGCACUGUACCCCCUGCAAGCACUCCUGACGGGGAAGGAGGAACCAUCUUUGUCUAUCCAGCAAUGCAACCUUCUUCAGAGCAAUGCCCGACUGAAGACUUUCAUUCACUCCGACGUGCAAAAACGGAGCUGAACAUUCCUGUCAAAAAGCUACCCAGGAACACAUGCAUGAAGUAAACACUGGGACAAUGGAAAGACCACUUGAGGCUAUCAGGAUGGAAAAUAGCACCUCUUCCUGCUUUGCCAUGGAAAGAAAGACUCGAGUCAAGAUUAAUAGGAAAGAAGUCAUGUUAGCUAAGCUGAGGAAAAGCUGCUCCUGUACCCCAAAGAAGCUGAAGAACUUUGUCAUGAACUUCUUUCCUGUUUUACGAUGGCUUCCUAAGUACAAUUGCAAAGAGUAUAUUUGGGGUGAUGUUAUGUCUGGGUUAGUAAUUGGGAUCAUUUUGGUGCCUCAAGCAAUAGCAUACUCAUUGCUGGCAGGUCUGAAGCCCAUUUAUAGUCUUUACACAUCAUUCUUUGCCAAUAUCAUCUAUUUCUUAAUGGGCACAUCCCGCCAUGUCUCAGUUGGCAUUUUCAGCCUGAUAAGCUUAAUGGUAGGACAAGUUGUGGACCGAGAACUUCUCUUGGCUGGGUUUGACUUGAAUGAUGAUGUUCCACCAGCCUUAGGUGAUGGCUCUCUGCAGAAUGACAGUCAGUCCAACGCAACUGCCUUCAACCUUACAAUUGCAGGGAUGAAUGCUGAGUGUGGGAAAGAAUGCUAUGCUAUUGGAAUUGCUACAGCCUUGACAUUUGUGGCUGGAGUGUAUCAGGUUCUAAUGGGAAUCUUUCGUCUGGGUUUCGUAUCUAUGUACCUAUCUGAGUCUGUACUAGAUGGCUUUGCAACUGGUGCUUCCUUAACCAUUUUAACAGCUCAAGUGAAGUAUCUGAUCGGAAUAAAAAUCCCACGUAGUCAAGGGCAUGGGAUGCUUGUUAUUACCUGGAUUAACAUUUUCCGGAACAUUUCUCAGGCUAACCUUUGUGAUGUCAUCACAAGUGCAAUUUGUAUUGUGGUGCUGGUCACUGCUAAGGAACUUGCAGAUCGGUAUAAGCAUAAGCUGAAAUUUCCUCUUCCCACAGAGCUGGUAGUUAUUGUUGUGGCAACACUGGUGUCACACUAUGGGAAGUUAAAUGAAGUGUAUGCAUCCAGUGUUUCUGGAGCUAUUCCAACAGGAUUUGUUCCCCCCAAGGUACCACGUUUCAACUUAAUGCUCCGAGUUGCUGUAGAUGCUUUGCCUCUUGCUAUAGUCAGCUUUGUCUUCACUGUAUCCCUUUCUGAAAUGUGUGCAAAGAAAUACGCUUACACCAUCCGAGCCAAUCAGGAAAUGUUUGCUGUGGGGUUCUGCAACAUCAUUCCUUCUUUCUUCCACUCUUUUGCAACCAGUGCAGCUCUGGCAAAAACACUCGUCAAGACAUCUACAGGCUGCCAGACUCAAGUCUCUGGAGUAAUUAGUGCAAUGGUGGUUUUGUUGGUGCUGCUUUUCUUGGCACCUCUCUUCUACUCCUUGCAGAAGUGUGUCCUGGCUUGUAUCAUCAUUGUCAGCCUCCGAGGAGCCCUAAGGAAGUUCCGCGAUGUGCCAGCACGGUACCAUGUGAAUAAGGUGGACACACUUGUUUGGGUUGUUACCAUGUCUGCCUCUGCCUUGAUCAGCACAGAAAUAGGGCUGCUGGUUGGCAUCGUUUUCUCCAUGUUAUGCAUCAUAGUUCAGACACAGCGGCCACGGACAGCCCUGCUUGGCCAGAUCCAAGACACCAGCUUUUAUGAGGAUGACUCAGAAUAUGAAAAUCUUUCUUCUGUUCCAAAGGUCAAAAUAUUCCGUUUUGAGGCCCCACUUUACUAUGCAAAUAGGAACUAUUUCCUAAAGUCUCUGUACAGAUUGACUAAUUUAGAUCCUAACCUAGAAGCUGCUAGAAGGAAGAAAUAUGAGAAGAAGGAAAAGCAGCAUCUCAAAAAAGGAGAUCACAGAACUGUUAAUGGACUGGACAUUGGAGAAACCACUCUGCAGCUAGUUCCUAAGCAAAUUGAUUUCCAAGCCCUUGUUGUAGAUUGCUCUUCCAUCUCAUUUUUGGACACCACUGGAGUUAAUACUCUAAUGGAAAUCCUGAAAGACUACAAAGACUUAAACAUUUCUGUUCUCCUGGCUUGCUGCAAUCCCUCGGUAAUAGACUCUCUGAAAAGAGGAGGUUACUUUGGGAAAGAUUUUGGAAGUAUGCAGGAAAUGCUCUUCUACAGUAUACAUAACGCUGUGCAGUUUGCAAAAGACCGGAAGCUUCCACCAGAUUGCUCAGUUUAAUCCUGUGUCUUCCUUACAAUUCAUUACAAAAGUGAUAAAUGGGGAGGGGCAGUUUGCAAUAAUUAAAUUAUCAGACACACUGUUGGCUGUGUACAGCAAUGGGCCUACGAGCCAUUCUCCCCUGAAGAGCUCUGCUGUUGUCAGACACCACACAGAACAGCCCAGCCACUGGCAGUCCAGGACCAGGAUGGACCAGGCUGCAUUAUUACUUGCACCUUCACUUCAAAAUGCAGGUGAUGUGCACUAGGGCAGUUUAGGAUUGACUUUCCCCUUGUGCCAUGAUCAUGUGUGACCCAAUAUAUACAUCAUAAAACUGUUGUGCUGGCAGGUCUGCCAAUGUCAGUUGACCCUCUCACUGGUUUAAUGGCUGGUUUGUUUUAAGAGGGCAAAGCUGUCUCCAUGAAAAUGCAAUCAAUUAGCAUCUUGGAUAUACAAUGGUUUCAAUUCUGGCACUGCCCCUUCCAUCAGGCAGAACCACCUGACCGGUGUUCUCUGAUGCAACCAAAUGCUAACGAAACUUUACAGUAGCAUAACUGGGCCAAGUAAAGGCAGUAAUGCUUUGUAAGUUCCCCAUAUGCUUUGUAAAUCCCCAUAUGCUGGAAAAAUUCCACCACUGCUUGUACAUACUACAGAUGUUUGGCGUUUUUUGGUUUUUUUCCCCCCUUGUCAUAUUAUUCUUUGAUUUAAGGUCCACUAAACUAUGUUUUCCAGGUCUGGGUUAACUACUGUAAAAAUUUGCAUUAACUGCUGUUAAUUCUGCUUGGUGUCAAAUGAUACUGCCAGAGUCAGUUUCAUGUUCUCACUUUACAAAUAAGGAUAGAUUUAUAUUUUGAUUGUAACACAGUAUCCACUGUAUUGGCAGAAUAUCCUCCCUCAUACUCCAGCUUAUAAUUACCUGCAUGAAAGGUAAGAGAGCUGCCCUAUCUUUCUCUCCUUCAUUCAUGGCUGGGUCACACACAGCAUCAACCAUGGAAGGAAAUUCUAUCACAGCUGUGCCUCUUACAAUUAGCAGCCUCUAGAAAUAGGUUUCAUGUAUGCAGAAGCCAUUUCUCUGCUGUGCCAUUUAAAAAAGUAAACAUCAGGUCAACACAUCAUACGACUUGCUUAUUUCAAAUUUUCAGGUCACUGAAUGAAAGAACACUCAAACUGAGGUUCUCCAGGUGCCCCAGAGCCUGUCUGGCUCUCAAGAACAAGUAUUUUGUUAAUGGAAAAGCAGUGCAUUCUCAAAAAAUAAUAAUAAAAAAAAAGUCUUCACAGGGAUUGAGAAUAAUACAAUAUUAGGUAAGUGAUUCAGUGCUGACAUUUUCAUGCACUCAUUAUAAAAAAGCCUAUCAGCCGCACACUGUUAGUGCUGCCAGAGCAGUAAAACCUGACAGAAAUGUCUGUGAAGAGAUGAAAGGAUUGACUACUGGCAGCAGUUCCUUCCACAAACAAUUUGAUUAUAUUAUUAAUUAAAUUACUGACUUGGUAUGCCUGGCUUCUUUCUGACAUAAAAGCAAAAGGGGAGAGCCCAAGGACAAACUACUGUUUUGUGUCUGCUUUUGUUUGUGACCAUUCUUUCAUCAGGCAAUAUCUCCUGCCAGGGCCUAGCAUGAGGAAGUGGGUUUACAGGAGUUACUGCCAGACAAUAUCAAUAUAGAUACUCUUAGGCUGUUGUGCCAAAGCAAGCUGUCAUUGGAAGUCAAACAAAAUUGUUUCAGCACAAAAGAACAUAUAUCCUAGCAAUCUAGGCUUCUUUUAUCUUUACAGGCCAAGCCACCAGCCUAGAACAUAAAGGAAAAAAUUCAAAAAUACCCUUAAUCUAGAUUAAUCUCAUUUUAAGACAGAAAUAAAGAGACACUCCAAUGGAAGGUGUAUCCUUGCAACAGUCUCUGGAGAAAAAUGAAGAGAGGCUGCCCUUCUUUUAUCCAGCAGGCUGAGAUAUUAAGUCAGAAGUCUCUUUUUCAUCGUAUUUAUUGUAAGAAUGGCACCAAAGUUUCAGCAAAGAAACUUGGCUAUGCAUGAGAAGGUUGUAAGUUUUAUGACUUUUAAUAGGAUGAAACUACUGACCAGAAUAAAUCAUAACAAUUUUCUGUUGACAGAGCUGGCUCACAAUCAAGUUGCUGUGUUGGACAAUGUCAAACACAGCAGGGAAACAGCUUUCAGUGUUCUGAUGUGGGAGUGAUGAUGUUGGAAGACUGUAAAUCAUUUUCAAGCAGUAUGUAAAAGGUAACUAAAAAAAGCAAGCCUUUUCCUGGAAGGUUUAUGUUUGCUAUACUGCAUUAUACCAAGAUCAAGGGUAUGAAGGCUGAAAAUGUUAAAAACUGCUGAUUGUCUUCUCUCCCAUUCUACCAGGAAAUAGGUACUGUGACUUGGAGAAGAGUUGGGGAUAAACUUGUAAUUCCAAGUAGGUUAAUACUAAUGUUGAAAUAAAAUCAUUAUAUGCCUUUUAGGAAAUGUUAUAUUCAUCAUGUAGAUUGACUAUAUUUUUGUCCACUGUGGUGCCUUGUAUAUAUCAUGUAUCCAAUAAACUUUAGUACUGCUACAUAAUAGGAAAGGGUUCUUGCAGGCUGUGUGGGUCCCAUGGAGCUUGGCAAAGAGGUGGGAAUCUUCACCUCAAACUCUCCUGUUGACCCAUGCAGCAUGGUCAGAAUGUGGGGUCUUGGUGUCAAAAUUGAUGUGUUUAUUGGCACUGGUAACUAACAACCAGGGAACUGUCCAGUCCAUGAAAAACAUAUUGGGUUCCCCCAUAACCACCAAUGUUCCUGUGUCACAUGACCUCGAGAAAAAUGUGUGCUUUUUGUUGGAAAAUAAA